CUAUGGAUGUUUCGCGACUGGGCAAUGGAUACCUUCAAGAUAGCAAACUCGAUAAUACACUAUUUGCAAAUAAUCCCGAAAAGUGUGCCUCGGUAAUAGGUGUCUCAAUAAACCUUAUCUAUCUUGUUUCGGCCUUGAUUAGUCCGUACAUGCCUUCGACAAGUGAAUCCAUCGUCCGUCAGCUUAAUGUACCACUAAGAAAUAUACCAGACACAUGGGCCAUGGAUAUCGAAGCUGGUCACCAUCUGGGCAAGGCUGAGUAUCUGUUUACCAGGAUUGACACUCAGAAAGAACAAGAAUACCUCAACAAAUAUGGUGGUGGCUCUAAAACUGAAGAGACUAAAAAGAAAACAAAAAAGACUCCGAAAGGUGCAAAUGUUACUGAAUCAUCGAAAAAUUAA